CCCUCCGCCGUUGCCUGGCGAAGCCUGAGGCCUGGCCGGGGCCUGCUCGCUUCUCGCCGCUGCCGCCGCCGCCGAGAUGCCGCACGGCUUCAAGGCCGGGGACCUCGUCUUCGCCAAGAUGAAGGGAUACCCGCACUGGCCGGCUCGGAUUGAUGACAUUAUCGAUGGCGCCGUGAAGCCUCCGCCCAACAAAUACCCAAUUUUCUUCUUUGGCACCCAUGAGACGGCCUUCUUGGGGCCCAAGGACCUCUUCCCCUACGAGAAAUACAAGGACAAGUAUGGGAAACCCAACAAGCGGAAAGGCUUUAAUGAGGGACUGUGGGAAAUCCAGAACAACCCUCACGCCAGCUACAGUGCACCUCCGCCAGUGAGCUCCUCCGAUAGCGAAGUUGCCGAUAUUGACCCCGUCGGUGGAGGAAGUGAUGUUCCGGAAGAGGAGGAGCCGGUGGCAGCGGUCGGGGCUGCGGGAGGGGCCGGAGAGAAGGUGGACAGCGAUGACGACUCUGAGAAGGGGAGCGACCACAGCGGCGGGAAGCGGAAAUCAUUGCCCAUGAAAAUGCCAGUGGCAAAGCGGCCCCGGAAGUCUUCGAGCGACCUUGACCAGGCGAGCCCAUCUCCAUCAGAGGAGAAUUCUGAAAGUUCUUCCGAGUCGGAGAAGUACAGUGAUCAAGACUUCACCCCUGAGAAGAAGCCUCCGCCCCGGGCUUCCCGAAGGGCCCCUGCUGGUGGAUGGAAGAAAAAACCCAAAGUGGAAUCACCUUCUGACUCAGAGUCCAAGCCCGAUUCGGAGGAGGAGGAAGAGGAGGAGGAGGAAGAGAACGCCAGGGCCCCGGCGCCAAAAUCGGAUUCUGAGUCUGACUCAGACGAGUCUGUCAAGAAGCCAUCCCGGGGCCGGAAGCCAGUAGUAGAAAAGCCGCCCCCCAAGCCUCGUGGGAGGAAACCCAAGCCAGAGAGGCUUCCAAGCAGCUCCAGCAGUGACAGCGACAGCGAAAGCGAAGUGGACCGCAUCAGCGAGUGGAAACGGCGCGACGAGGAACGCCAGCGGGAGCUGGAAGAGAAGCGGAAACGGGAGCAAGAGGAGGAACUGCGUCGGCUGCGGGAGCAGGAGCGGGAGGAGAAGGAGCGGAAGAAGGAACGAGUGGAGAAGGGAGAGGUUGGGCACUCGGAUAGUGACGGCAGCGCGGACAGCGAGGUCCCAAAGAAGAGCAAGAAGGGGCGGCCUAAGGCCCCGUCGUCCUCCGACUCGGAAGCAGAGAAAGAGGUAAAGAAGCAGCCAAAGAAACCGCCGUCGGAUCUCGCGAGGAAGCCCAAGGAGAAGAGGAUCCAAGUAGAUGAGAAGCCACGGAACAAAACAUUGAGAGCAGAACGAGGCAGGAAAAGGCCCGAUCUGGUUCCCGAGAGACGGCUGGAAAAGAAGAAAGAACCGACAAUUGAGGAGAAACUCCAAAAGCUGCACAGCGAGAUCAAGUUUGCUCUCAAAGUUGAUAAUCCGGACAUCAAGAGGUGCUUGAGCGCACUGGAAGAGCUGGGGAGCCUGCAGGUCACCUCUCAGAUCCUCCAGAAGCACACUGACGUGGUGGCCACACUGAAAAAGAUCCGUCGUUACAAAGCAAACAAGGAUGUGAUGGAGAAAGCGGCAGAGGUGUACACUUGCCUGAAGUCCCGCGUCCUGGGGCCAAAAGUCGGGGGGAACCAGAAAGUCAGCAAAACUGACCCCGAGAAGGACAAGGGAGGAGAAGGCGACAACAAAGACCGAGAGAAGCUGCCUGAAGGAGAAGUGCCGAAUGAAAGAGAAGAUGAAGAGAAGAGUUCUGAUCUCCCAGCCCCUGUAAAUGGGGAGUCAGCAGCCCAGAAAGGAGAAGGCGCAACAGAGAAUAAGGACAGAGAUGAAGAUUGGACUUCUGGGGACCCCAAGAGAGGGGCGUCCCCCGAAGACACCCACAAUGAAGUGCAAGACUAUCCUGAGCUGGACCGACCAGCAGCAGAGCGGGAGAGGUCCCGUGCCGAGUCAGACUCUGCCGAUGAGGAUGACGAGAGCUGAGACCGCCGGGAGGGCCUCGCUCGGAUUGCCAUGACUGCGGCACCUGAGAACUCGGCCUCUUGCCUCGCCUCGUGUUUCAGAAAUGCUUUUUCAAGCCACGCGAUAGAUGACAUUCUAGAUUCUUUCCCGAGUCUCCUCCUCCCCCGUGCUCUUUCCUCCCCCUCAUCCUCUGUUGCCCCUCCCUUAGAGAAUAAUGACCUUCUGGGGCAACUCCACGCCGCUGUUUCGUUUGUAUCUCUCCCACAUUUUCUGGUUUAUUUUCCUGCCCUUCUCCUGAUCCGCACCCCCGUUCCCUUUGCCUUUACUCGUGUGAUUUCAACAGACGUGAAAUGAAUAUAUAAAGGGUUGUUUUUUAAUGAAAAAGCCCAUUUAUCUUUGUUCAACUUCUUUUGAAUUUUUCUUCCGGGCAAAGAAUGGAGUGGGAUGGAAACAGGAUUGUUUUAAAGGAACCAAAGGAAGGGCUGCCCCCGCUCCAGCUGCCCGGGUUUCAUUCUCGGGGCCGGAUUCGGGAUAUUUGGGCAUCCAUAAUCCAUUCCUGUGGAAUUGCUACUUGUUGUCAGAAUUGUUACUAUUUGUCCUUGAUCUGCCUUGGUCUCCAUUGUCAGGCAAGUAAUGUGCUCCAACUGGUUUGAGAUCACCUAUGAUUUGUUUCAGGCACCCAAGACCCCAGAUCCCCACUUUUGUGCGGUCCAUUUGUCAGAUUUCCAAGCCUCUGGCUCUUUCUGCUCCCAUUGUGGGUCUCUUCCCAUCCCCCAUGCACUAGCACCUUUCAACGUAACUCUGGGGAUGUAGCUCCUUUGCACUCUGUUGAAAGCCCAAACUUUUAAGGAGACUUGCUGUGUUUUACCCCAAAGCUGCCCCUCCACUCCUGGCCUGUGCUGGCAAGGGGCGAGAAUGCCAAUAAAGCGUUGAGGUUGGAGUUCUGACAUCAGCUCGGCAACCUGCUGGGGAGAUGCAGUGCUUCCAACAAUAGAAGAAAAAGCAAAGAGUCUUAGUUGCCCUGAGCGUGGUGGUGGCAUCUGGCUUGCCACAGUCCAGGUUACAGGGGCUGUAUUGUGAAUGCUCCUUCCCCAUUUGCAAUGAAUGGAUCUGUCUAGGAAAGCCUGCCCUUCUCGCCGGUAUCUCCUGAGAAGGGAGCACUCUGAGGAUCUUGUGUAGCCUUCUUACAUUGUUCUUUCCGAGGUGGGCCUGGACUCGAGAUGCAGCAGAAUGAGGAGUCAGAGUCCCCGUAGAGAUGUCUAUACAGCUUUAGACAAAAAAGGCUUAGUUUGAGUAAUUGCAUGCAUGAGAACUUCCUUGCAAGUCGAAACUUUGUUCAGCAAGGUGUGGAGGCCAGCCAGGGCUAAUUUUCUACUUGUAGGGCAUAUUUUAAACACUGGUGUCCGAAAUUCAUUGUACCACCCUAGGACUAUGUUGUUGCAGAUCAGGCCUUGUGCGGAUUGGCGGUGGGGGG